GGACCAACCCACUGCAUACUUGGUGGUAUUUCUCCUGAACAUACUUUUCCUUCGAGAGCCCUAAUAAACUUGUUUUUUUCGUUGUAUUUAAAUUUAUAAAACGUUUGAUUUAGAGUUAUACUACCCUAGGACCACCCGGAUGUUUCCGUCGACGAUCAUCUGCUUGCUACUGCUCAUCAUCGGCGCUGUCGCAGCCAACUGUCCUGAAGGCUAUGAGGUCGUCGGGUCCAAGUGCAUCCUCCGUUACACGGGUGGAUAUCUGACGUACGACGAAGCGGCCACUUACUGCACCCAGCACUUCGGCAGGCUGCCGGUGCUUAAAGACUGCGCUUCCUUCCUUGAUGUCACCUCCUAUGUAAACGAUGGAUACACAAGUGAUUUCAACAACAGCUACUGGUUAGGCGCGACCAAUGGAACGCUCACCAAUGUUUGGCAGUGGAGUGACGGAGCGGCCGUGCAAAUGGGUGCUCCGUACUGGGCCAGGCUCCCUCCUCAGAAUGCUGAAGAGAAUUUGGAAACUGAACCUUCGGGUGGAACGAGGCAGAACUGUGCUUUUGUAGCAGAUGACACGGACUGGUUAUUCCGAGACAUCGAAUGUACAGCCUCUUUUAAUCCACUGUGCUCAAGACCUUCAGUAAAUGGUCUCUGUGUGCAUCCUUUUGUUUUGGUUGGCACUCAAUGUGUUCACAUAUCUACGAUCAUAUACCCCUGGCACGAGGCUCGUAACCAGUGUGGACUGGUCGGUGGUGAUCUGAUUGUUUUCGACGACUGCGAUCAGUACCACAAGGUUGCCCUCUACCUCAAUGAACAAGAACACAAUGCCUAUUGGAUCGGGGGCUCGGAUGAGGCCGAGGAAGGGCAAUGGCGCUGGGUUGACGGUUCGCCGAUGACCAUGGGACUGCCUUACUGGGCACAGGCUGUAUUUGGGGAGGUAGAACCCGACAAUCCUGGCAAGCAGAACUGCCUGGAGCUGAAUUGCGCGUGGAUGUACCGCUUCAGCAGCGCGUGGUGCAGUGAUGCCAGACGGGUGAUCUGUGAGGCAGACCCCAUCUAGAGGAGUGCUCUUCACGCCCCAUCUAGAGGAGUGCUGUUCA